GAAGGCCGGGAGGGGUUGGAAGGAUGGAGGACGGGUGGAACUGGGACAGGCUGGGACGGGGGUAAACUGGAGCAAUGGGGGGAGGCAGGAGAGGACACAGUGGGGGAGGAGAGAGAGACAGGGUUUGAGGAUAGGGAUUUGGGGUUUGAGGAGAGGCAGUUGGGGUUUGAGGAGUCUCUUGGCGUGUGGCGGGCGAGAGAGGAGGAGGCGUCGUGGAAGGCGAGGGUGGCAGAGUGGGUGGAGAGGCGGGGAGCGGAGGCAUGGGAGGAGGAUGGGGCUGAAGGGGAGGGGGGAGGGGCGGAGCUGGUGAGAGCGCGGCGAGAGGAGGAGCAGCGGGAGGAGACGACUGAGAGGGGUGGGGAGGAGAGGGGGCUGGACUGGGGCUUGCAGCACUCAAAUCCGAGUUUACUGGGAGAGCAGGGAGGGAGGGAAGGAGGGAUGCUGGGAGGGGUGCUGGGAGGGGAGCUGGGAGGGGUGCUGGGAAGCCAAGGAGCGGGGGAGGGCGAGGUGAGAGUGCAUCAGGAGCACUCAUUCACCUCUUCCUACCUGUCCUUUGACUCACAGCCUUCCGUAACGGUCUCGGGGUCCGAUGCGGCGGACACGGCAACAUCAGCGCUAGCACCACCCCAUUCCCUCUCCCCCCCAACCUCCUCCACCGCACCCUCUUCCCCUCCCCUCCCCUCCACUUCUCCCCCUGCCGUGCCUGUGCUUACUCCCCCCACCGAACCUCCAUCGCCAAGCCUUGGUCCGUUCGUGCCAAACCCACCGGCGGUUCGGCCGAGGCUGGUGUCGUCGGUUAUUCGGAACGCACAUCGCAAGGUGGUGGCGCAGAGAGUGGCCGCCACAGCUGAAGCCAGGGCUGCUGCUGCUGCUGCUGCUGCUGCUGUGGAAGUUGCUGCCUCUUCUUCUGCUGCGGCUGCUGCUGCUGCUCCCGCUGCUGCUGCUGCUGAUGUUGCUGGGGCUGGAACUGCUGGUGCUAGUAAAGCGGUCUCUAAUGCAGCAGCCGCCGCUGGAGCUACCACUGACACUGCAGCUGCUCGCAGCAGUCCUGCCCCCGCCCUUCCUGCCGCUGCGGCUGCCACACUUGCUGCUGCUGCUGGUCCUAUGCAGGAGACGCCAGCAGCACAAUCCACAGCACACUCAGCAGCACAGUCAGCAGCACAGUCAGCAGCAGAAUUAGCUGCAGAGACGGCUGGAGCAGUUGGCUGGACUGCACUGGACAGCGAUACGAUGCAAGGGGGGGGGAAGGGGAGAAGCAAGGCGGGGAAAGGUGGGCGGAAAGAGGCGAAGAAAGGCAGUGCAGUGGGAAAGGAGAAGAAAGGGCGAGCAGGCACGGGCCGUAGUCACGCGUGCAGGAAGACUGGGUGCGGCGCUAAUUGGAGCUAUGAUGAGGAGAGGAGAGGGGAGGAGGGGAAUGGGCAUGGUAAAGCGCCAUUGCAUGCUGCACCAUUGCAUGCAGCUCCGACAGCAGUAGCAGCAGAGCCAGCAGCACCAUCAGCAGCAGCAGCAGCAGCAGCAGCACCGUCAGCGGCAGCAGCAGCAGCAGCAGCAGAACCACCAUCAGCAGCAGCAGCAGCAGUGGAUAGUGCUGUUCCUCCACCACCACCACCACCACCACCACCACAGCAACCAGCACUGGCUGUUUACCCACCAAUAGUCGCACCAGAGCCUACAGCCACACAGUCGGGUUGCCACCUGCCCUCGCGUGACGUCUCUCGCUCUCUCUCUGCCUCCAUCCCCCCCCACGCCGCCAAUGCUACCGCUGCUGCCGCCGCCGCUGCUGUGGCUCGUUUCCUAGCCGCUGCUGACUCCCAAAUGCUGCACUCCCUCCCUCCCUUCCCCCCACCACCGGACACAACUGGUAACCCUGUUACACAGGAGAGCACACACCCAUGGUACCGGCACUACCCUCCCUCUCAGCCAUACUCCUUCCUUCCUUCUCCCUUCACACCGUAUCCCACCACUGCCAACCCCUCAGCGUCUGCCUUUCCUCCUCGAGCAAUCUCUCUGGGUGCCAUCAGUGCCCCCCUGCAAGCUCCGAACCUCUUCUUCCCAGGCUCGGAUCCGAGCCUCUCUGCUGCUGCUGCUGAUGCAGCUAUGGCAGCAGGGUCGGAACCGAACCAGCAUCCACCUGAUUCGGGCUCAGCUGCUGCUUCAGCUGCUGCCAGCUCUGGGAGUUAUGCUCCACUUGCCUCUCCCUCCUACCCAUUCCGUGCAUCUGCUGCAGCUGCCUUUCCGCCUCGAGUCUGUUCCCUCACUGCUAUCGGUGAUGGCAUGGGGCGGGACGGCAGAAGCAGUGCUGCUGCUGAAGGGUCUCAAGUGCACUGGCCUCACUACCCCACCCACUCCCACCCCUCCCACCCCUCCCACACCUCCUUCCCUCCACGAGUGUACUCUCUCGGUGCACUGGCCUCCGCACCCCAGCAGCAGCAGCAGCAGCAGCAGUACCAACAGCAGUACCAGCUGCAGCCAUUUCCCAUGCCUUUCCACCAGCCAUAUGCUUACCUGCAUGGUUACUAUUGCAACCACGCCUACAGUGGUAACCAGCAGGCAAGUCAGGCGCUACUACAGCCAAUGAUAAUCAAUGCAGCCUCUGCUGCUGAUGCAGUGGCGGCUGCUGCUGCCUCUGGGUCCAGCCACUUGGAUCAGCAACCACCAGAGCAGCCUCCGCGGCAUGCGCAGCAGUCCAAUCAGCAGCAGCAGCAGCAGCAGCAGCAGCAGCAGCAGCAGCAGCAGCAGCAGCAGCAGCAGCAGAAGCAGCCGCGCAAGUCGUGCCUGAAGACCUCAAAGCACGCAGCUGCUUCCAGGGCAGCAGCACAGCAGACAGCUGCUGCGCGUGCAGCUGCACUGGCACCAGGCAAGGCAGCAGCAGCGCACUCACCCACAACAGCCUCUGGUAGCAGUCAGCAAACCCUCUGUGAGAAGGCUAGCAGUCAGCCGGCUGCCAAUCAGCGCCAGUACCUGGUGCUGGAACUGCCCCCUGGAGACCACACCCCGGACGGUGCUGCCACCGCUGCUGCCGCCACUGGUGGCGCUGCUGCUGCCCCUGCUUCUCCUGCGCCUGCAGGGACUGACAGCAGCCCAGGCAAUGAAGGCACCGUCACCUCCCACACCUCUAAUGGUGAUGUGCCUGCUGGUAGCACUCCCUUCCCUCUGUCGUCGUAUCAACCCUCCCCCUUGCAGCCAUCGCCCUACCAGUCACUAGUAUACCCCUACUCUGGCCUGGCCUGGGGGGUGGUGCCACCAAUGACAGCAAGCCACGUGGCACCUGGUUACAACAGCCACAUGCCGUGGAUGGUGCAUCCCCAUUCGCAACGGGACGCCUGGAUUCGUGAUGGAUGGAGCCAUGGUCAGAAUCAGAUCAUGGAAGCAGCAGCAGCAGCAGCAGGUGGGAGGGAGAGCUUUGAGGUCCAUGACUCGGUCACCUUGCUUCCAGAUGACAACAACGAUGGUGACAAUAACAGGUCGGAGUGGGCUCACAGUGCUGGCAGUGGCGGUCGUGGCUGUAGCAGCGGUCACAGUGGCAGCAGCAUGUGCACGGCUUACGGAAAGGACGUUCACCCGAGCGCGUUGUCCAAGCAGAGGAGCGUCACUCCGCCUCGACUGCGACCGGAGAAUGCCAGGGCUCACCAUGGAACGGGGCGACAGCAGCAUCCUUUGCGCCCCAGCCAUUCAUAGUAGCCAAUGCUAGGAAGAGGGGACGAUCAGGAGAGCAGUUGGAAGUGGUGUGGGAUCAAUGGAUGAUUCGAGCUUGGGAGUGGUGGUUGGGGCAAACACCACUGGCCCGUACAUGAGCUUUUGACGAACAUGCUGAUACUAGAAGGUUGGGAAGAACGUCUUGGCUAUGCUUGUAAAGCUACUAAGGUGCAGCGAAAUAAGUCACACAAUGUUUCGUAGUACGAACUUUUGAUUUUUGCUUUGCUUUACAUACCAUGUUGACGAGAGAUUGCU